ACCUCUUUUGGUGCCGGCCAUGGCAGGGGCGAGGGAACAAGCGAAGCUGGAGGGCAUGGAAGUGAGAGACGGCAUCCGUCAUCGCUCGGCAAAGGAAGAUCACCAUGAAGUGAAGCGGCAGCAUGAGACCCACGUCACUCCCCCCCUCAACCUCCACAACUCUCUCUCCUCCUCUACCUACGCCAAGCCCGCGAACACCUCGGAAGAGGCGGAGGUGGACGACGGAACGUCAAGUCUAGUGAGAUCGGUAAAGUGAAAGAUGAGUUUGUACAUGUUCUUAUUGACUGCAAAUGAUGGAACUUUGUUGUGACAUGCGGGAACUUGUGAGAUAUUUUUGUAUGUUUUUGAUGCUUUACUUUCAAACUGUAUGAGAUGCUUCCCUUUCGUUGCUUCUCUGAUCUUGAUAUUCGCAGAUGUCUGGUUGGUUCCAAUCAUUCUCCUGCUCCUUCUGCUCUACGUCGUUUUUGCGGCCCUUCUUGGGCGUUGGUAGCGCUUCCUGCCCUCAACCGCCUCCUUCUCAUGCUGCUCCUUCUCGCCAACCUCAUGCUCAUCGCCGCCUUUAGGUUGCAAAUUCUUUCAUGUACAUGAAUUCU